GUUUUCACGUGAAUGGCAUUGAACUUAACACUCAUUUCCUUUUUCCCUGUUAAACUUUUGGUUAGGGAGUCGAGGGGAGGGAAUAACCGUUGAACUCCCAUGAGUGACGCAGACAGAAUUUCUCCUUAGAAUAUCAAUACAAUAUCAAGCAGGCAAGUGAUAAGAAUAAAGAGAAUUAGUAAUUGGGGAUUAUCAGUCGAUCCAAGACCAAAUUCUCCAAACAAACAUCACAAGAACUAUAUGGUAGACAAUAAGUAGAAUUACAAAUGAAAUCUUGGGGUUAAAGGGUUAAGGGGUGCUUGCACCUAAUCUUGAAAGUCAACUAAGUAAUAAUUUCACUUUAAAACUCUCGUCAACUAAACCUCUACAAUUGUUUAAGAGAAAGAAUGAGUGACAUCGAGAACAUCGAUGAUACGUCAUCGAGCACAAUUCCUAAUUACAGAGUCAAACUUACCAGUAUACGGUGGUCAUUGUUUAGAAAUACUGCAUCUAUUGUGGAUGUGAAUUGUAAGGUUGAUUGUGAACUUUGUCUUUCCCCGAUAUUUUAAAUGUCAUCGUUGGUUGUGGGAACGAAUUUUGCAGCACUCGGUCCCUAGACUUGUUUAGGCACUUUGGUUCACCCAACCUGCAUGGGGGCUACAGGAGGCAAGGUUCUUCCUGUAAUGUCUCCGCCAUCCACACAAGUCUUCUCUGGUCAUCAGCAUCACCAUGAUGCUGUUAAUCUUGAGAACUGACCGUGAAAUCCCUGGGAACGAGUUACGUAGGAAUCUCUCCGAAAUAUCUGUAGAUAUAUUUUCAGAACCGGUUCUGACGAUGGCUAUAGCAUCUGUGCCAAAGCUUUACUCUGCAUGGUUUUGCCCUUUUGCACAAAGAGCUUGGAUUGCUUUGGUAGCAAAAGGUGUAGAAUUUGAGUACAUAGAACAAGACCCUUACAACAAAACAUCAGAAUGGUUGACCAUCAAUCCUCGAGGAAUGGUACCAGUUAUUGUUCAUAAAGGCAAAACAAUUUAUGAAAGUUCAGUAUGCAUUGAGUAUGUCGAUGAAACAUGGUCAACGGGGUCAAGACUGCUACCUGCAGAUCCCUAUGACAGAGCCCAUGCAAGAAUUUGGGGAGAUUUUAUUGGAAAGAAAAUUGUUCCAUCCUUUUAUGCUCUCUUGAUGAAACAAAACGAGUCUGAGCAAGAGGAGAUUAAAUCUCAAUUGAUGAGUCACUUACUUGAGUUUGUGAAAGCCAUGGAUAUUAAAGGACCUUUCUUCCAGGGUGAAAAGUUGGGCUAUGUUGACAUCAUGUUGGCUCCCCAUGCAGUAAGGUUCUUUAUUCUCAAGCAUUAUCGUUGCUUUGAAGUUCCUAAAAGUGAGGAGUUCAAAAGAUUCCAUAUCUGGUGUGAAGCUGUAAGGAAUGCCUCUGCUGUGAAGGUUACAUUGCAAGAUGAAAGCAAACUUUUAGAUUCUUACAAAAGAUAUGCAGAUGCCAGUGCUACAUCUCAAGUUGCUGAUGCCAUCAGAAAGGGAGGGACAAUGCCAUAAUCAUCCUACUGGUAUUUCACUUUGAUCCCAUCAGAAAGGAAGGUCCUAACCCUUAACCUUCUUAUUUCACUUUGAUCAUGCACUGAGGCUGGAAUUUUCAGAAUUAAAGUCUUGCCCCAUAAAUCCAUCUAAUAGCUCUUGAUAUGUGUGUGCAGUAAUGUUAAUUAUCUGUCAUUGUAAUGUAGAUGGAAACCUUCUGCAUACAGACCAUGUAAUUUUUUUUUACCUUCAAGGGAAAGUAGAAAUGAACCUAUUGGUUAAGCAUUGCUUCAUUACAACAUGCCCAGGAGAUGGUGCUUUCAGAUCACUGGGUUGAGAGUAAUCCUCAAAAAGACUGUUGAAGUCUUGACAGCCCAAGGAAGUCACCAACAGGGUCAGGUGACUCUCAUGAUGACUUGACUCUGGUGAUUCCCUCUCCUCGGGUUCUCAAAACUUCAGUGUUUACCCUAUCCUUUACCUUGUUUUUCUGUUUGUUAGUCAAAUCCAUGUGCUUAAGCAUAAUUAUAAUAGACGUGCCUAAACAGCAGAAUCUUAUCCACGUAUCAAAAUUUAAUGGUAUGAAUAGGUUGGCAGGUGAAAAGAUUUAACCCAAAGGUGACUAAGCCCUGAAAGAUGAGUAUUUUGGUUUGUUAUGUGCUGUAACACUCUCAGGCCUCUGUUUCAAAUGUAUUUCAACUGAUGAUAAAAUUGUCUUAAAACUAGAGAGCUUGCCUCAUUUUUGUGUUGAUCACAGUCAAGACAGAUUACACUGUAUUAACCCUUUAACUCCCAAGAUCUGAUUGUUAAUUCUCCGCUCUAACUUCUACACAUUUUCUUGGAAAUAGGUUGCAAAAAUUUGGAGUUAGAUAAAGAUAACAACUUCUACCCAAUACAUUUGAGUAUUAACAUUAUCUGUUUGCUGGAUAGCGCACUGGAUAUUGUUAGUAGAAGUUACUUGUUAAUCACUUUUGGGAGUUGAAAGGUUAAAUCUCAACUCCACAAUCUGAAGAUAACUUCACAUUUCAGAAUUUCAAAAGUUAGACCUUACACAUGCCAAAACUUACAUGUAUAGCAAACAAAAAUAAAUGUUCAAUAAA